AUGUCUGCAUUGAUCUGGUCGUGGCUCUGGUGCCUGUGUCUAUUGCUGGGCAGUUCCAUUGACGUCACGCGGGCCAAGCGUAUCCAUCAUAAAUAUCAGACGCACAGCAAUCGAAUUGUUGGCGGCCAGGAGGCGGCGGAGGGUGCGGCACCUUAUCAGGUCUCGAUACAAACGAGUUGGCAAACAAAUAUCUGCGGUGGAGUCAUCAUCGAUGAGCGCUGGAUCCUGACCGCCGGCCAUUGUGCCCUCGAUUUUGCCAUUCAGGAGCUGCGCAUUGUAGUGGGCACAAAUGAUAGACUUGCUCCGGGACAGAUGCUCUAUGUGGACGAGGCCAUUGUGCACAGCAUGUACGAUAUACCGGCCGUCUAUGCCAAUGACAUUGGUCUGCUCCAUCUGAACGAGUCGAUUGUGUGGAACGAGCGCACCCAAGCUGUCGCACUGAGUGCACAACAGCCACCAGCUGGUGCCACGGUCAUCCUGACCGGCUGGGGUGCACCCGAGCUCAACUGGCCGGCCGAGCAGCUGUUGCGGACGAUCAAUCUGACGAUCAUCGAUCGUGCCGAGUGUAGGGCCGCCUGGGAUUACACCGAUGGCGUCGACAUUGGACACCUUUGCACCUACACGCGGGAGGGCGAGGGCGCCUGCAACGGCGACUCGGGUGGCCCGCUCAUGUGGCUGGGCAAGCUGGUGGGCGUGGUCAAUUGGGGUGCACCCUGUGCCGUUGGCAAGCCGGAUAUGCAUGCGAAUACCAUCUACUAUGCGGACUGGAUACGACGCACCAUCGCCGGUUGCAAGCAGCGCGUAAAUUGAUUUAUUUAUUUAUUUAUGUGGAUCUAUAUAAUUAAUUGCACGAUCAUUGUUAC